AUGGAUUCGGACUCUGAAUCGUACCAGAAAACAGGAGGAAAAUCCUCCAAGGACAUCCUUGAGCCUGCCGUUCUCUUCUUGUCAGGUCAAUCUGUCCUCGCUGAGGCAAAGAAUCAGACCCCACUUUACCAAAUAAAUAGUGACAUCAAGUCAAUCUCGAACAAGGACUCGUCCGUGGCAUUCGAAAGAGUCGAGCAUGAUGUACCUGAGAUCGAGACCGAAGGCGUCACUACUGGAACGCGAAAGCGACAUCUGUUCUACCUCGCACAUCCUGUGAAUGCGCGAUACCGGACCGACAUACCUGCUAGGUACUAUAUCACUUCUGCGGUCUCCGAGAUGAUCGGCAAUAUUCGCCUCGAGAUUUCAGCGGCACGGUUGCAAAAGACAUCCUUCAAGGCAAUGUUGAGCGCAGGAAAAAAUGCCUCUGAUAACCCAUUAUUCCACGAGGGCACUAAACAACUCCUGUUGUUUGAUAUCCAACCAAAUUGGAAAGUCGGUCGCAAUUGCUAUAAGUGGAGCGAUUCCAAUGGCAGACAGGUGGCUGUUGAAGAAAAAGAGGAUGACAGAUAUAAAUUAUCCGUUACGACAAGUAUGUCGCAGGAUUUGAGGGAUGCACUAGUCGCUACGUGGAUGCUGAGGCUAUGGCUCGAUACGGCCGAGAGUAAACAAGCUAAGAGGGAAUUCUUUGAAAGCAUGGCUUCACCAGAAGCGUAUAAAGAAAGCAUGGAACCCUAUAUGCCGAGACAGUGCAUGAUGAUGUGA